GCUAACCACUUUAUACAAAGCCAGCAGUCCUUUUUUAUGGGCUCUAUAAAUUCUUCCAACAAAGCUUUUGAUUCAUCGCUUCCUUCCAAUGCUUUAUUUUUGACAAACUAGUAAGUAAACUUUAUCUCCACAAACCAACUCACCCUCUCUUUCCCUCUCUCUGAAAUCUCAAAAUUAUACCACUCAUCAGCGUGCCGUCUUGACUAAGUCUUCUAGGCGCUGUUGCUAAUGGCGAUCCAUACUCUCGUUCAAGUUGUUCUUGUUGUUACCCUAUUAAACAUGACUUUGGCACCGACAAAUGCAAACGUUGAAGGGGAUGCUUUGUAUGCUUUGAGGAGAAGUGUGAAGGACCCAGAAAACGUGCUGCAGAGUUGGGAUCCAACAUUGGUGGAUCCUUGUACUUGGUUUCAUGUUACCUGCGAUGGUGAUAAUCGAGUUACACGUCUAGACCUUGCAAAUGCAAAGCUAUCGGGCAGUUUAGUAUCCGAGUUGGGAAAGCUCCAGCGUCUUCAAUAUCUGGAGCUGUACAUGAACAACUUGGUGGGUUCCAUACCAGAGGAACUUGGAGGACUGAAAAGCCUAGUGAGCUUGGACCUUUACCACAACAACCUCACUGGAUCCAUCCCUGCUUCACUUUCCAACCUCUCCAAUCUCAAUUUCCUACGACUGAAUACUAACAGACUGACUGGAAGAAUUCCAAGACAACUUUCAAAACUUAGAAAUCUAAAGAUCCUUGACGUAUCAAACAACGAUUUGUGUGGCACAAUCCCUACCUCGGGUUCCUUCUCUAAGUUUUCAGAGGAAAGUUUUGCGAACAACUCAAGACUGGAAGGACCGGAGCUGGUGGGGUUUGUGAGAUAUGAUACAGGAGGAGGGUGUACAUGAAUGACUAUUACCCGAUUCCACAUAUUUAUCUCAUUAUAUUCAAGGGUUAGUUAUAUAAUAAUAAUAAUAAUAAUAGCACUAAAAGAUUAAAAAGACUACUUGUCUUGUCAUCUUUAAGAAGUCAUGUCCAAGCAAAUUGUAUCUCUUUUUGCU